AUGUUAUCAAUGAAUCUCUCAAUACUAUUUAUACAUUCUUAUCACAAAAAUUCUCUUAUCUUCAAAUCAAACAAAUCGUAAAUUUCUUACAAAAAAAGGAAGCUCCAUCCGUCUCUAUUCGUUGGUAAGUCUGUACGGCGGGCAAUCUUAAUCAACAGUGUUUUCAGAUCAGUAGCUAUGAGUAUGUGGGGGCCGCUGCUGUUGGUCCUAUGUGCAUGUGCCGUGAACGGAAAGUUGGACGAAGAUGAAGACCAAGGGUCCUCUGGAGAGCAUGACUUGGACGAUAGUACAGAGAAGAUCGGCGCUAGCAUCAGCACUAUCUACCAGCACCCGUAUGCCGCGACCCUCAACAGCAACGGCACCUACGUCUGCAGUGCCAUUGUGCUCAACACGUACUGGCUGCUCACACUCUCCAAGUGCUUCGAUGCAGGGAUUAUAUCAUCAUACGUGACGCACAAGAACCUCGGAAACUUCACAGUCAGGGCUGGCAGCUCCUACAAUAACAAAGGCGGGAACCUCUAUAAGAUAAAAAUGUUAAUAAACAACUUCGAUCUCCGAGUAUCAGCUGCGAAGCUGGAAUCUCCGAUGACCUUCAGCUCACAAGUACAAAACGUGAAGCUUCCAGAUGCUGAUGAUGACAUUACUCUUGGAUUCCUUGCCUCUAUCAUCGCAUGGACUCCUGGUGGCCACAUGCGGCUAGUCAACGCUCCGGUCAUCGACCCGUCUAUAUGCGAGGCGAACACCAAGAUGCUACCAGGGCACUAUGUCUGCGUAGGAGGUGUGCAAGACCCCAACAGGCACUUCUGCAGGACGCUUCUCUUACAGAGAGACAACGGCGGCGCUGUCAUCCAAAACGAUACCCUCGUAGCCAUCUCCUCAUUCAUCAACACCUGCGCCCUCUACUCCAAGACUCACGCCUUCCCGAAGGUGGCCAGCUUCGUCCGUUGGCUGGACUCCAUCAUCUGGGACGAAGACGUGAGGCCAACAACACCAGAACCUCCAACCACAGCAUCAGGAACAAAAGUCUUACCAAACUCAACUAAAGGGCCAAACAACCAACCUUAUUACGCUGAUCCGGGGAAAUUCAUGUUAACCUUACCUUUUGAUCCAAUCAACGUGCCUCUAGAACCAGCUGAAGACAAUUCUGUGUUACCAAGGAUGAGUCUUUACGAGUCGUAUCUACAGAGUCUUGCGAAAGCAAAGACGUCGACGACGGAGGACACCAGUGUUCCGGAUCAGAAGACCGAGCCGGUACAGCCUUACGUCAAGCCAGUUAGACCACAACAGAUUUACAGGCGAAUGCCUAAGAAAUACGACCGUUACGAUUAUCAUUAGUUUUUGGUUUAAAAUGUAGUUGUAAAUAAUUGUUUCUAAGUUCUAAUAAAU